UCUGGGUACGCAGCGAGCAGACAGCCGUAGACGACGGUGACAGUCUCUUAUCUGUAACGUGCAGUAACAUACACCGGCAUAUGACAAGGGAAGCGGCAAUUUUUGUAACGGUUUUGAGGGCUCGGAACCAAUAUGCAUGUAUGGUGUUUCCUAUAGAACACUAUUUUUGACAGCACUUCCGGUGAGCCCUGCACGCUUACUUCCGGUUGAGUGAUUUUCCUGCUCGGUAUGUAGGUAGACACAGGACAGGGAGAUUGUAUGAAUUCUUCAGUUACAUCCCCGCCUGUGGACCGCACACAGGAUGUCAUUCAGAAGGUGCUGCGCGCACUUCCUUGUGGCCUGGCCCUGGGACCCUCUCUGUCACAGGAUGGGAUCGGACUGUGGUGCGUUGGCAGACCUUUGCCCAGUGGCGCUCUCAUUGCUUCCUGUGGUCCGGUCCCUGAAGAUGAACUGCCACUACCUGAGGAAGGUCCCACGUCAUCGUUACAGCACGGAGAGUGUCAGUGGCUGAGCUUUGCAAGGAGAAGUGGAGGGAAGGAAAAUGUGAAAUUCUGCAGACUUGGAGGAGUUCUCCAACUCCAGGUUACCACAUCCGUCCAGCCAGGUUCUGAGCUUCUCCUUCCCCUAGAGGAGCACGUAGUCUGUGAUCAGGAUGAUGAAGGCACAACCCCACCUUCUCCAAAUUCAGUGAGCGACACUACUGCCAAUGACUCGGUGCAGUUAGCGGCAGAGACUAAAGACGAUGGACCGGCCCAGCAGAUGAAGGGCAGAACAGAAUGUCCAUUACUAUCCCUGCAACCUGAAGCGUUGGUUGCGACUCCUCAGCCAAAGUGCUGCACCUCAGCAGGAGGGUCCAAAUUAGAGGCGACAGCAGUCAGUGCGGAACAAGAGGAAGCCAUGUUGCCACUCGUUUCAGAGACAGAGGAACCAAAGCUUUCUGCUAAUAUAGAAAUGACCGGGGAAGUCUCACCGGGUACAUCCACAGAGGAGGCAGAGUACACCCGAACUACAGAUUUCUCAGAUGAUGUGAACAGUGUGAAGAAGGAGAUGACUACCAGCAGUCCCAGUACUACAGUGUCCCAAAAUGUCUUUCCAUUGAGAUCUAUCCAUAUACAUCUAAUGAAACCGCAGGUGUCCAGUGCCCCUACAACCGGACCCAAGGAAGUUCACAAGAACACUAAUAACCCCAGGACUAUGGAGAAUAAUAAGACACCAGGAGAUUUUUCAGCAGGUGAAAAAGUGAGAGAUGACAAGACGGAGACCCAAGAUGCAAAACCAUCAAGUGACAAAGAUAAGAGAAACUCCAAGAGGAAAUGCUCUGGCAAUCCAGGAAGGAAAGAGGAAAGCCAAAGUAAGGUGCCCAGACUGGAGGAACUUAAAGAUCCUCCGGAAAAUGUGAAGAAAGCGAAUGAGACAAAAGGGACAAAACCGAAAGAGCAGUCGGAGCGCAAAUUCCAUUGUAAAGAGUGUAAUAAAAGCUUCUUCCAGUUGGGUCAUUUAAAGAGACACAGCUUCAUACACAGUGGGAUCAAGCCAUUCUUGUGCUCAGAAUGCGGGAAGGAAUACUGCUCAGAGGACAGCUUCAAAGCUCAUCUGCUAGGUCACAGAGGUCUACGUCCCUUCAAGUGUUCCCAGUGUGAUAAGGCGUACGGCACCCAGCGAGACCUAAAGGAGCAUUCUGUUUUGCACACAGGGCAGCGUCCUUAUCGCUGCGAGGCCUGUGGAAAGAGCUUUGCACGGCGGCCGACCCUGCGCAUUCACCGGAAGAACUACUGCACACCUCGUGCCACCAAGAUGAAGAGUGUUCUGCAGUGCGGCAUCUGUGAAAAGCAACUGGCCAACGUUUGCUCGCUCCGAAACCACAUGCUUAUACACACGGGGGAAAAGCCACACACGUGUUCGGAGUGCGGAAACUCUUUCCGCCACAGAGGAAAUUUGCGGAUCCACCAACGACUUCACACCGGUGAGAAGCCCUAUAAGUGCCAGUACUGCGGAGACGCAUUCCCCCAGCAGCCUGAACUCAAGCGCCAUUUAAUCACGCACACAGGGGAAAUGCAUUUGUGUACUGUCUGCGGCAAAGCAUUAAAAGACCCUCAUACUUUACGGGCCCAUGAGCGGCUACACACUGGUGAUCGUCCAUUCCUUUGCAAGUACUGCGGCAAAUCUUACCCUAUUGCCACCAAGCUCCGGCGGCAUCUUAAAUCCCAUCUGGAGGAGAAGCCAUUCCGUUGCCAUGUGUGCGGCAUGGGCUACUCUUUCCAGCACAGCCUGAACCGCCAUCUUCACAGCCACAGAGAGGAUGGGCAUAAAUCUGUGGUUGUGGGUACCAAAGAAGUAGCGAUGGAGGACGCUGAGCAGGAGCAUACCCUCCUGCUGGUGCAAGUCGAUGAGAGCUCAGAAAAAAUAUUGGUUGCUGGUUGCACAGAGGGCUCUGGGCUGGGUAAAUCCCACAGUCCAUUGCUUCCCAUUGACUCAGAGACUUUCUUGAAGGUCCAUUCAGAAAGGGACCAUGAGGACGGGAUUCUUCAAAGAGACCAUAGCUCCAGUAUACUACUGGUCCCUCAGACUCUUGAGUUCAGCACAGUAACUGAGGUGGUGGUGGAAAUAGGGGUGUAAUUCUGAGCCUCCAAAUUGUCUUUAUAAAAUAUUUGUUU